AUGGCACCAUCGGGUCGUCGCCGCGUCGGCCACUCGCUGCGUCGCUCUCGCCGCAGGAGCGCCGCCAACGGUAGGGUCAGCACACGAUCCACUGCCGGCGCUGGACCUCUUCAAGCGAUCGGAGAAAAUACCGUCUUGAGCAAAAAGAGAAAGAAGAAACGUCCACGCGAAUCCACAGCCUUACAGUCUGAGAAAAAGCGCAAGCAGCAUUUAGAGAGGCUGCUGGACGAGCUGGAUACUCAAGUACAGGAACAAUGCGAUCAGCUGAUAUCAGACGCUGAACGACGCGCACAGGAUCUCGAAAUGGAGCUCAAGAUUCAGCUGGUCUAUCUACCCGAAGCUGUACGCAGAAUGCCCUGGAAAACCUUCGCGGAGGAUUAUGGCGGAGACUUGCAGAACGUCAUCCAAAGCUUGUCGCAGCCAUCACCUCCACGAGCGCAGUCGUCCGUGUCUCGGCACGACAUUGUGGCCGCUACUCCAUGCAGUAAUCGCCGUCUGUCAGCAUUCACCACGCCAAUGUACCGUCGUCGAGCGGGUGAAGUGCCGAAGACUGUCUUACGUGCAGCCCAUAAGGGAGAAACCUUUUAUUCAGUUCGAGGUUCCCCCAUCAUACCCGACUCCUCCACUUCAAACUGCUUACGACUAGACAAUGAACGUGUGGUCGACUUGUCUCGACCAGAGCAGCUCUCAGCCAAAUCACGUGGAGAAGCAACGUCCAAGCUCAAAGAUCUUCAAGCCAAGGUGGCACAGCUAUUACAACAGCUCAAUCCUUGUUCUCGCUAG